CUUGAGAUAAACUUUGAGCGGAUGCUUGGUGUGGGCUUGUUGAAAGAUCUAGAAAAGCUUGAGAAGGAGGAAAACUUCGUUUUGUUUCUAUAAUGGCAGGACACGACCCUGAAAAGUUUGAUGGCAUGUUUCUUGCUAUGUGUCAGCGAUCGGAAAAAGGCAUUGAAGAGGUCCUGGACUGUCUUUUUAGUUUCCUUGUCAGAAAAACAGAUUAUUACACUGGAGGAACUCCAGGGCUGGCAGAAAAGCUGUUGAUGGAACAUUUCAAAAAGUAUGAAAAAAUAGCAGAAAAGCAGAAAGAAGAAAUUAAGAAAGAAAGAGAAGAGCAAGAAAGAAAAAGAAAGGAAAAAAUAGCGAAGCGGAAAGCAGAGGAGCAAGCGGAAAUGGAGAGACUCAAAAAAGAAGAGGAGGAGCCAAAGAUAAAGGAAAUCACAGACGAAGAGGCUGAAAAGAUACAGAAGGAGCUUGAAAAGAAAAAAGAAACUCCUGCUGAACCUGAACCAAAGGAAGAUAAGAAGGAUGAAAAGACAAAUGAAAAUGGAGACAAAGAUAAAGCUGAUGAUGAGGAUGAUGCUGACAAGGGAAAGCUGGAUCCUAAUGUAGGAAACGGAGGGGACAUGCCGAACUACCGCUGGUCCCAAACCCUAGAGGAGAUCGAGUGCCAGUGCUGGUUCGACAAGAAGUUCCCACUUAAAUCAAAAGAUGUUGUGGUGGAAAUCGGUAGAAAGCACUUAAAAGUUGGUCUGAAAGGCCAGCCCCCAAUAAUGGACGGAGAGACAUUUAAUGAGAUCAAGGUAGAGGAAUCAACGUGGACAAUAGACAAUGGGAAAUAUAUCACUCUGAACAUAGAAAAGGUGAACAGAAUGGAGUGGUGGAACAAACUGAUUGUAACUGACCCUGAAAUUAACACCAAGAAGGUCAACCCCGAACCCUCAAAGUUGGCAGACUUGGAGGGAGAUACCCGCGGACUUGUGGAGAAGAUGAUGUACGACCAGAGACAGAGAGAGAUGGGUCUCCCCACCUCCGAGGAUCAGAAAAAGAAAGAGAUCCUCGACAAAUUUAUGAAACAACACCCAGAAAUGGAUUUCUCCAAGUGUAACUUCAACUGAGUCAUCAACACUACAUGUAUUUACAUCUCAUGUCAUUUUUCAAUUAAGAUGGAAAUAUUCGUGUUAUGAAUCCAUUCAAUAGACUGUGAGAAAGUGACACUUGUGAUUAACAAUAUAUACACAUAACAACAUUAUCAGCAAAUACAGUUAUGUAUUAUAAAUAGUUUUUAUUUUAAGUGUAAUGUGUAUAUACAUGAUUGUUUGAUGUAUUACAACUAUAGAUGACAUAAUUAUAGUAAAUAAAUUCAUCAUAACUCAUCAAAAAUUUCUUGUUUAUUGAUAAGGUGAAUUAAAAUUAAAUGUUUUAAUUUUUGAUGUUGUUUAUUGUUGAAUUGUACAUAGCUAUUUUAAUGAGAAAAAAGUUUAAACAAUUUCUGGUUUGAAAACAAAAGUCAUUGUAAUAGUAUGCCAUGAAAAAUGAAUUAAUUUCAUAUACAAAGCGAAGUAUUCCAUACUUUCUUAUAUCACUUUUUGCUCAAUAUUUUAAUAAAACUGUGAAUGAGUAAGAAUAAUGAAUUUAAGAACUAUCAAAUACAGGUUAGCAUCUUUCGUCAGGAAUAUGAAAUGCUUGUAAAUACACCUCAUACCAAGGAAUAGUUUUCAAUAGUUAAAAAUAAGAAAUAAACUUUAAAACCUUAAUGAAUGGAAAUACCGAUAUACUAAAUAUUUAGCACACAUUAUUCAUUGGACUUUUAAGCAAUUUGUAAUUUUUUGUAUAUUUGGUCUGUCUUUACAUUUGAGCUGGAGAAAAGUUAAAAUAAAGAACUGAAUUAUA